AUGGCAGAUGCGCCGAGAGGACGCGCUAGGGGACGAGGACGUGGUCGCGGCAGGGGAUUCAUCCCUGAACAACCUAUCCCUCAAGUAGCACCAGAGCGUACUGCUGAGGAAAAGUUUCGUAAGGAAAAACCUCCAACGUUUGAUGGUCUAGGCGAUCCCGCGGACGCCGAGAAAUGGGUCAGGGCAGUAGAGCGAAUCUUCAGCUACAUCCGUUGCGAUGACGAGGACAAAGUGACUUGCGCGACUUACCAACUGGUAGACGAAGCCGACUUCUGGUGGGAGUCGGUGAAGCGCACAAUGACUGAAGAACAGUGGGAAAAUUUUACAUGGGAGGAUUUUAAGAAUGAGUUAUACGAGAAGUAUAUACCAGGCUGCUAUCGACAGAAGAAACAGAACGAGUUCUGGAAUUUGAAGCAAAGGGCUGGGACAGUAACUGAGUAUGAUAGGGCCUUUAACCAGCUGUCAAGGUAUGCUCCACUCUUAGUAGACACUGAUGAGAAACGCGCAGAGAAAUUCAGGAACGGACUGCGCCACGAGAUAUCAAUCUCCCUAGCAAGUCAGGGAGCUUUGUUUGACACUGGAGCGUCCCACUCUUUCAUUUCACAUGCUGCUUGUAAGAGAUUAGAACUGACUCCACAAUUGGCUGAGACAACUUUAGAGGUUAGCACCCCUGGUGGUGGAAGAUUGGCUGCUAAGGACGUUAUCUUGAACUUAGAGCUAAAUAUAGGUGCUGAAACGUUUAAGGCAAAAUUGUAUGUCAUCACUAUAAUAGAUUUUGACAUGAUCCUAGGGAUGGACUGGCUUACUCAAGUCGGUGCCACGAUACUAUGUAACGAGAGAAAGAUCUCUUUCCAAUCCGCUGGAAAGGAGAAAGCAAGUUUUCAUGGUAUAAGAAUGGGAGAAAGAGUACCAGUGAUUUCAGCAAUAAAGUCCACGAAGAUGAUGGGAAAGGGAAAAUGUCAGGCUUUCCUAGUCAGUUUGACAGGAGAACAUGAAGUAGAGAAAACGAUCGAAGAAGUUCACGUGGUUCGAGAGUUCAAAGAUGUGUUUCCUGAAGAAUUGCCCGUCUUCAUGGACCUGAUGAACAGAGUUUUCCAUCAGUAUCUCGAUAGUUUUGUCUUAGUGUUCAUUGACGACAUCCUCAUAUACUCUAAGACUGAAGAGCAACACGAGGAACACUUGCGCAUCGUACUCGAAACCCUGCGUAAUGAGAGACUGUUUGCCAAAUUCAGCAAGUUACUACAGAAGAUUCAUCGAAGGAUUCUCAAAAUUGGCCAGGCCAUUGACUCAGCUUUUGAGAAAAGGGACUAA